AUGGAAAAUACACAUUCAAUGAUUUCAUUUAAAACUUUAAAUAAAUUAAAGAUACAACAAUUAUUUUCUAUAAAAAAUAAGAGUUUUUACUCAACAUCUUCACCUAUAUCAUCAACAGUAAAUAGUAGUGGUAAUGAUAAUAUUGAUAUUGAAAAUGACAAAGAAAUAAAAAAAAAGAAUAGAUUGAUUGUAAAGGAUUUAUAUAAGCAAUUAAUGUAUCUUGGAAGAGUUGGAUUUUUAGGUGUUGAUUAUAUAAGAGAUAAAGCAAAACCACAAUUUAUUUCAAAUGCAAAUUUAACAGAUAAUAAUAAAAUAAAUGAAUGUAUAGAAAGAACAAAAUAUGUAAUCAAAGAGAUCGAAGCAAUGAAUAGGUUUCAUAAAUAUAGAAAUUUAAAAAAGUCAUAUGACCUUGAAUUUCAAAAAGUAAAUGAUAAUUUUUUAAAUUUAGAUAAUGAUCAAAAUAAAAUAAAAUAA